AUGAUACCUACAAUACUGAUGGCACUCUUGAUUCACCUAUUGAUUGGAUUCCUGGCAUGAGAGACAUAAGAUUCAGAGAUCUUCCAAGUUUCUUCAGAACCACCGACCCAAAUGACAUCAUGUUUGACUUCAUGGGAGAGGAAGCACAUAACUGUUUAAAUGCUUCUGCUAUAAUUUUUAACACUUUUGAUGCAUUAGAACGUGAGGUGUUAGAGGGAUUCAUAUCCAAGUUUAAUUAUCCCAACAUUUAUACAAUAGGGCCACUUUCACUACUGGGUAGGCAUGUGCUAGAGAGCCAAGUCAUGUCACUUAAUUCAAGUUUAUGGAAGCCAGACUCAGAUUGUUUGAAAUGGUUGGAUCAAAGAGAGAGGGACUCAGUAGUGUAUGUGAAUUAUGGAAGUGUGACAACCAUGACUAACCAACACUUCAAGGAAUUUGCAUGGGGGCUUGCAAAGAGCAAGCAACCAUUUCUAUGGAUUGUUCGGCCAGAUAUCGUGCAGGGUAAUUCGGCCAUGUUGCCUAAAGCAUUUCUCGAGGAGACAAAGGAUAGAGGAUUAUUAACCAGUUGGUGUGCACAAGGUGAAGUUCUAGCCCAUCCGGCUAUUGGUGCCUUUCUGACUCAUUGUGGAUGGAACUCUACGAUAGAGAGCAUAUGUGGUGGCGUUCCUGUGAUCUGUUGGCCUUUCUUUGCUGAUCAGCAAACGAAUUGUCGAUACUUGUGCGUCGAAUGGGAGAUUGGAAUGGAGAUCAAUAAUGAUGUGAAGAGAGAGGAAGUUGAAGAACUUGUCAGAGAGAUGAUGAAAGGGGAGAAAGGGAAGAAGAUGAGGAGCAAAGCUAAGGAAUGGAAGAACAAAGCAGAAGAAGGUACUUAUGUUGGGGGAUCAUCCUAUGAUAACUUUGAUAAAUUCAUCAUGAAGAGAAGUAACAAACCAUGGAAGAUACUAUUUCUACUACUUAUAUAUUACAAGUAG